ACGUGUUUUAAAUCUGAACAUUUUCAAGGUGAUUUUAUGACAGGAAAAUGUCCGAUUGGAGAGGCGUUGAAGCAAAAACUGCCUUAUUAGGUGUCUGCUUUUUUACAAUGCUCCUCGGCAUGAUACCGGCUUAUUCAAUUUCUUGGACUAAAUACAGCUUUGAGGACAACUCCGUGGAAGCCACGUGUAUUCCUGAAGAAGCUCAAUUUGUUGCCGACGACGUUUCUGAUUCAUUUGCAUGCAGCAAGAUGUGUUACCUGAACGACAAAUGUCCCUCCACUUUCUUUCAACCGGAAAGUCAUCGGUGCAUUGGAUGCCAGAUGUUUCUGAAAGGUGCUCCUCUGCCGACAUCGACCGGAUCAGUACAUUUUUCAAUUAGAGACUAUGAGAUUGAUUGUAAAGACAUUCUGGAGAAAAAUGAGGGUGCCGAAGAUGGCGUAUAUCAGAUAACCUUGAGGAACUCGGAAACAAAACAAGUUUACUGCGACAUGACAACAGACGGCGGGGGGUGGACGGUUUUCCAAAACCGGUUUAAUGGCUCGGUUGAUUUUUAUAGAAACUUCUCAAUGUUUGAAAACGGAUUUGGUGAUAUCAGCGGUGAAUUCUGGCUCGGUCUAAAGUAUGUACAGGAACUGGCGGAAUUGCCUACUGAACUUUGGUAUGAUGUGUCAUUUAUGUUUGGUGAUCAUGCACAUGAAAGAUACGAUCGUUUCAAACUUAUUGGCGAAAGGUACAUACUUUUCCUAGAUGCAGAACCUGCAGAGAAAACAGGCCUUGCGAGCUUUGUCGAUGGUUUUGCAAUUCUGAAUGGAACUGAAUUUUCACUGUGUAAUCCAAACGUAUUGGAUCUGUGCCACGGUUGGUGGGGGCGAAGUUCUGUUACGUGCGGCGCAAUCAAUUUCAACAAUGAUUAUGGCUACGGUAUUAGCUUGUUCAGCCAAUCGUCGGGUCCAUUUAAAACGACUCGAAUGAUGAUUCGGAGAAAAUAGAAUCGACGGCAUUUUGACAUAACCGACGAUGACCUUAUUGCAUUACAGUGACCAAUGACACAGCACAUAAACCUUCGAGAGUCUACAGCUUAAAGGUUAUUAAAAGUCAAUCCAGUGUUUGAGAGAGAUUGAGAGACCACUAUUGCGAUAUAAGACAUGUAUGAAUAUUGUGUAUUUUUAUAUCUCACUUAACUGACUUUUAUUAUAAUUUCUCAAAAAAGAAAAGAAAAGUAAAAUGUGACAUGACAAAAUCAGCAGUUAACUUUACUCCUAUUAUGUAA